AUGUUGAACAUCUCCGGAAAAAUCGAGGCAGACCGCAAGGAAGCUCUUCCGCUUCCCAUGUUUGUACUGGGACUUCUUGAAAGGAGCUUGCUUUUGGCUGAGGGCUCCGUGCAGCACCGCUUAUUCAUAGGCGCGGUAUUGGUCUGUUGUUGGAGCAGUCUUCGUCUCAGCGAUGCUCAACACACCAAAUGGACUUCGCUUCAGUCCGGCUCCUGGUGCUUGCGGGGAGUGAACUUCCGCACUAAGGUUAGUCGUAGAGGGGUCCCUUUCGGUCUGAUAACACAGGGCAUCUAUGGUUUCAAGCGCGAGUUCACACGCACUUGGGUGGCAAAGUACCUCUCUCUUUUGGGUGAGGAAUGGGAUGCAGUCGUCAGUCGAUUUGGAGACGUGACGCCAGACUGUCUGUUCUUCAGAAGCACCGAUUCUGAGUUUGCUCCCAUGUCAUACGGGGAAGUUCUGUCGGCGCUUCGCUGUACCUUGAUUUCUCUCGGUUUGAGUGCUGAGGAAGCGCGUGACUUCACUGUGCACAGCAUGAAAGCAUGUUUACUUGCUGUGAUGGCACAGAGAGGCUUCAGAACCUCGCGCCGUGAAGCGCAAGGACACCACCAACCGUCGGGCAGGAGUGCCCGACUUUAUUCACGGGACGAUAUCUGGCCGGCACUAGAAGCUCAACGAGCCCUUGUGCAGUCGCUUCGCUCGGGGUGGAUGCCGAGUACGCCUCUGGGGCGUGGGGGUCAACAUCCUACCCCCCAACGACCUUUUGUUCAUGUGAAUGUCCCUAGUGAACCAUCGUCUGUGCACCCCAGGUUCCCGCUUUUGGAUGUGUCUCCACCUGAGGUCUCUCAUGAGGCGGUGCAGGUCGAUAGGGACGAGUCCCAGGCAGCAGGCAUUAGUGAUAUGCAGGCUCCUACGUUGGAGGCCUCUUUAUCCUCAUCCAGUGAGUCGGAGCAGGAUGCUGGCACUUCAGGUUCGGUUCGGCGUUCCAGUGUGGCCAUCUCAGCCACUUUCCAGCCUGAGGAGUGCGAUGAAUUCUUGUUCUUGCAGGGGGCAUCAGGUACAGUCCACGUGGCAGCACCUCAGGAAGGUGCAUCGGGAACGGCGGCUUCUGCUGACGGGCACACUGCCCACCUUAGGCCACGGUGUGGAGCCUUGGCCAAGUCUUUUGCAGUUUUGUCAACCGUGCCGGUAGGGGCACGCCUUUGCAUGCACGUCGCAUGCAGGCGAGUUUUGGUGCUUUAG